CUUCCUCAUAUUAAACACGUGAUGUGAGCAUGACAAUGUAUAUAUAUUUAAGAGAUGCAGUUGAUCUUUUAACGAAGUUACAACCAGGGCCAUGUCUUACUACGCGAAAUUAUUCGUGUGCUUUGUCACAUUAGUUGCAGCUGCGACGCAUGGUGUCAAACAUGAGAUACUCUCCAUUAGUGGCGAGGACGUCGUUUUGCGCUGUGCGGCGUCAUCAAAUCCCGAUGUCCAGUAUCGGUCGGUGAUAUGGUACAAGGUUAUUGAAGAGCCUUCCCGACAGUUAACUGGUCUUGUAAUGAAGAAACUGACUCAAAGCAAUAGCAAAGUUGAAAAAUAUAAAGGCAUUGAACGAGAGAUGGAGUUGCUUGAGAACUCAAAGUACCUUCUUCUGCCAAAUGUGACAAUAGAAGACAGCGGUAUUUACAGUUGCUUUUUAUAUGCUCCCCUCGGCCAACAGAACCAGGAAGGCGAUGUCCUUCUAAAGGUCUAUGAGCAUCCUACAGUAGAAGAAAGGCAGCUGACUGAAAAUGAUUCCAUUUAUGUUAUGGUGGCUAUCACAGUACUUGUGUUGGCACUCCUCAUGUUGUGCAUAAGUUAUGUUUGUGUAAGGAAUGUACCUCAAGGCAACAAGAAGCUCACAAAAGACUUUCAACUGAAAUGGCCUCGUCAAGGCAAGGACCUGAUCGUCACUUUGCAGUCCAAAAAUUUGGUUUGCAAGACCUUACCUGAAGUGUAUGUGUGAGUAGAGUCAGUGUUCAUUAGAAAUCACACAAAUCUUUCUGGACUGGGCAUCAGCAGUGAACAGAGCAAGUGCAAAAGAGGACUAUACAGUACAUAGCUUGUAUAGUAACCUAAGUUUGUCUCUCAUGGUCAGAAAGUGUUAAAAAUAUACAUGCACUAGAGUUUCAGCAUCAUCUGCACCAUCAUUUGAAAACUGUAUCUGCACAUCAUGGAUGCUGAAGCUAGAGGAAAAAUGCACAACUUUGCAAUGUUUGCAUGCUUCGUGAAGGUUGCUUGUUCUUGAGUAUAGACAAACACCAUGAAAGUGGAAGAGGACUGACUCUGUUAUAAGAUCAUGUUUGAACUCUGUGUUAAAUAAUAGUAAAAUACCUUGUCAAGCACACCUACACAUACCAAACCACCCAAUAUAUAGGUCAUACAAGAGGAAAACAAGUGAUCUUCAAAUACAUCUUUUUAAUUGUGAAAUAUAUAUAUUAUCUCAUAUGGCACUAUCCUGUUGAGCAGGACUCCUAUGCUGUUUUUAUAUUCAUUAAAAUCCAUAUAAUGUUUAUGAUCUAUUGUCAGGGGCGGUUCUAGGGUUAGUGGAUAUUCUGGGAGUAGCCCAGACCUCUGUGGAUAUGUAUGGGUGCCCCUUUUGAUGAAAUAUCAAAAUAUAAUUAAAGUUUAUAAUAAAAGUUUAAAAGUCUAAAUACAUCUGUGAGGUGUCAUUUAUAUAGUAAAUCUUUAAAUAUUACUAAAACUACAAACUUAAGGUCCCAUUAACUUUUGUCUCAACCUCAGAUAUGCUCAAAGAUCAGAAGUUGUGUGCUUUAAACUAUGAUUUAAAACGCCCCACAACCAUUGCUGUCAUUAUGCUGCAUUCCAGACAAUUCAAAAUUUUCCCUCUGCCUACCUUAAAAUACAAACAAAGGCUUGUUUGAGAUGUGAAACGACUCACUUUGUAAGUAGAGGAGAGUAGGCGGCUACGGUCGGGGGAGGAAUGAAAAUUCUGGUUAUGGAUCAGCCACCAUCAAAGGCAGAUAUUGCGUGAUUCACACUCAUAUGCCUUGUUGCUGAUAAAUUGGAUGCAAUGGACUGCGAAUGGACGUUAUUAGUCCACCCCUAGCACCGCCCAUGUCUGUUGUUGCCGUACACGUACAAUGUUAUUGGACAAUGUAUAUUGUAUCAUAGAAUAAGUUGCUGAGAAAUGUUAAUGUUAUCGCUCCUGCUUUCUGUUAAAGUUCUGUUAACACUAUAUUUUGGUCUUAUGUAAUUUAUUUAUUAAAGUAAAAAUGUAAAUACUUUUUCAUUAUCCACAUUAAAAAGUUUUUC